AUGUUAUCAGAAGGACAAACUGCUUGUUUUAAUGACCUAGACAACAAUAGACUUUCUAUUAAAUUUGAGAACAUGUACAAUAUUGGAAGGUACAGCAAACUAUACGACACAAGUAGUUAUAACAUAACUAACACUAUGACAUGGAAUUGUUAUGGGUCAGGAAAAUGCUGGUAUGGUAGUGAAUGUGGAAAUGGAUAUAAACUAAACACUCUAGAAAAAAACAGCACAAACCCAAAUGGCUAUGGAUGCCACAUGUCAUCUGUAUCUUGUAAUGGUUUAUGUACUCAUGGAGUGUCAUGUGUCUGGUAUAGGUGGGAAGUUUUGCCUAACAUGAAUAAUGUUGCAAAAGUAUAUCACUCAGUGUCAGAAUUAUGGGAAAGUACACUUGUUAUAAUUUAUAAAAACAUUUCUAGAACAGUAGUAUUCAAUACUAACAACCCUACAUUUGAUCUGCAUGAUAUACUGAACUAUGAAAUGUCUCAUAUGCCAGUUAAUAUUCAUAGUGUAACUUAUGAAAAGCCAUUAAACAAACAUGCUAUUGUAGAAUAUAAGAAUAAUUAUUAUAAUUUGGAUGUGAGUCCACACAACUUGCCAAUUGCCAAUAUGAUUGGAGACAUACAAAUAUCUGAUGACAAGAAAGUCAUAUUUCACACAGAUAACAUUGUAGUAUUGAUAGCUGUGUAG